AUGGGAAUUAAGCACUCCUCCCGCUGCUUGCUCCUGAGGAGGAAGAUGGCUGAAGCAGAGAAUGUGGAGGUUUGUGGUGGACCUUCCCAACCGGUUCAGCCAGUGGUACAUCCAAAGCCUGUACAGCCCAUUCAACAUGUGAUACACACCCCGAUUCAACCUAGUUGCGCUGGCAGAGGUAAAAUGGCCAAACUGCUAAAUCCAGAAGAAAUGACCUCAAGAGAUUACUACUUUGAUUCCUAUGCUCAUUUUGGAAUUCAUGAGGAAAUGUUGAAAGAUGAAAUUCGCACAUUGACGUACAGAAACUCCAUGUAUCACAAUAAACAUGUGUUUAAGGAUAAAAUUGUCUUGGAUGUUGGUAGUGGGACUGGAAUUCUCUCCAUGUUCGCAGCAAAGGCUGGAGCAAAGAAAGUAUACGGGAUUGAAUGUUCCAGCGUUUCUGACUAUUCUGAAAAAAUUAUCAAGGCCAACCAUCUGGACAAUAUAAUUACAAUAUUUAGGGGUAAAGUUGAAGAGGUGGAGUUACCGGUAGAUAAAGUGGACAUUAUCAUCACGGAAUGGAUGGGAUAUUGUCUCUUCUAUGAAUCCAUGCUCAACACUGUCAUCUUUGCCAGGGAUAAAUGGCUGAAACCUGGAGGGCUCAUGUUUCCUGACCGAGCGGCUUUGUAUGUCGUCGCAAUUGAAGACAGACAAUAUAAGGACUUCAAGAUUCACUGGUGGGAAAACGUGUAUGGAUUUGACAUGACGUGUAUCAGGGAUGUUGCCAUAAGGGAGCCGCUGGUGGACAUUGUAGAUCCAAAGCAAGUGGUGACCAAUUCCUGUUUGAUAAAGGAAAUCGAUAUCUAUACCGUGAAGAUUGAAGAACUAGCCUUUACGUCAGCCUUCUGCCUACAAGUACAGCGGAAUGAUUACAUUCACGCCUUGGUCACCUACUUCAACAUCGAGUUUACUAAGUGCCACAAGAAGACUGGAUUUUCUACAGCUCCAGAUGCUCCAUAUACACACUGGAAGCAAACUGUCUUCUACUUGGAAGAUUACCUAACUGUACGGAGAGGAGAAGAACUAUAUGGUACUAUAUCUAUGAAACCUAAUGCUAACAACAUUCGUGAUCUCGAUUUCACUGUAGAACUGGAUUUCAAAGGCCAGCUAUGUGAAGCUUCAAUAUCUCAUGAUUAUAAAAUGCGUUAG